AUGUUUUCAAAAGCUAAACGAUUUGAACCGCUUGGUAUGCAUUUAUAUUUUAGACAAUGUUGGCUAAGUUCUAUGAGUGCUCAGGUCAAGAGUAAGCCAAAAUUAAUACCUAAGCCGGAGGAGAAGUCAGCGAAGAAAACUAUUGUCAAACCUAUAAUACCACUUUCAACUCCUAAGAAGAAUGCAGACACACUUUCUCAGUGCAGUAGCUCUAUUCAUAGUGUUAAGUCUUUUGUGACUCCAAAGCCAAUAAAACCAGCAACAAAAUGCAUAAGCACACAAAAAUCUGCCCCCCAAAAAUUAGAAGCCAAAAACAUUACCAAAGGAAACAGUGUAAAAUUACAAGAUGAUCUUAUUAAAGCUCAGGAAGCUGAAAUAAGGAACAAAGACUACACCAUACUAGAAUACAAUAAGCAAAUUGAAGAUCUCAAAAAUGAUAUAUGCAGUCUGAAAAAAGUUCUUAAACAAGUUACCGAUGGAGAUAUAAAUUUAGAAGUGCUUGUAAAAAAAUUAAAUAAUAUUUCAUUGGAAGGUGAAGAAGAAACUGAAAAUAAAGAUAUUCAUAAUAAUCUGAAGAAACAGAUAUCUGACUUAGAGCAACAAUGUUGUGUAUUGGGGCAUGAAGUGAAUCAAAAACAAUUGGAACUAGCUUCUUUAGAAGAAUUGAUAACUAUUAGAGAUAGUCUUUGUACAGAUUUGCAGAAAAAACUAACAGACAAAGAAUCUUGUUUGGAAGAAACAAAACAAAGGUUGGAAAUGGUUAAAGGUCACCAUGCUUUAGCUCUGGAAGCUAAUGAAAGCAUUAGAAGGGAAUACAAACUAGAAUUGGAAACACUAAAAUCAAAAAUGGAAGAAGAAAAACAAAAUAUUAUAAGCAAAUGUAAGAUGGAACAAGAAAACACAAAGAUAAAAUUUAAUAAAGCUCUAGAAUGUAUCAAGAAUGAAUUAUGUCGAGAAAAAGAUGAGAAAAUCAAUGAUUUACAACUACAGCUGAGUGAAAAAGAGAAAGAAAUGCAAGCCAAAUUAGAGCAAAUUGAUGAAGCCACUUGCGAGAAAUUAAAACUAUGUGAAAUUCAGUUUGAGGAACGGAGCAGGAGCAUUCAAGAUUCAUGGGAACAGCAACAGAAAAAAAUACUUGAUUUACAUAAUGAGACUAAAGAACUCAAAAAUACUAUAUCUUUAACUGAAGGUCAAUAUAAUUCUUUGCUGAAGGAAUUUCAAAAUUUAAAAGAUGAAAACGAGGCACUAAGAAAUGAAAAAUCUAAUACGGCUAAAGAGCUUGAAGCAUUAAAAGAAGAGAGUAGACUUAAAUUCAUUAAUUUCGAAAAUGAAAUUAAUAAACUAACAGUUGAUAUUGAUAAAACUAUAAAGGAGAAGAACAAAUUUGAAAUGUCGCUAUCUGUAACUCGCGAUAUCGUCCAAGUACUAACAAUGCGCUUACGGGAAUCUGAUAAUGAAUUGGAGCAUUUGGAAAACCAAGUGCAGACUUUGACAGAUUCAAAACAACUCUUAGAAGAAGAGCUCUCUUCUUAUAAGAACACUUUAAACAAUGCCAUAUUGGAAUGCAAUGAAUAUAAAGAGGCUUUAGUGAACAUACUUAAAUCGAAGGCAGCACUAGCCAAAGAACAUAAUCGUAUAAUGGAACAUAAUGUGUCUUUGAUUGAAAGCUUACAGAAUGUUGAGAAAGAAGCUUAUCGUGAACUGGGAUCUAUAAAAAAUGAAUUAAUUGAAGAUGUGGAAUUGAUUAAAAAAGAAUCUAAUUCUCAAAUUAAAUUGUUACGUGAAGAGGUGGAGAAGAAACGAGUUUUAUGCGAGCUAGCAACAGAGCACGCGGGGCAGGCUAGUGCAGCGGCCGAGCAAUCUCGCGCUUUACUGGCGCAAGCGGCUGCCGAAAUAUCACGGCUGGAAAAUGAGAACCACUGUUUACAGCAGCAGAUACAAGAUCAACAAUCACUGGUGGUGGAACUGUCUCUUCUUCGCCAGGAAAAUGAAGAAUUGAGUAUGAAUAUGGCAAAGCAAUCUUCGUUGCUUGAUAAAAUGAAGAAGGACACGGAACAAAUGCACGCCAAACCAAAAUCGCCAUCUGUCAUUCGAAAGUCCCAUAAAGUUGGGAAAGAAAAUGUACAAACAAUAAUUUCUCCACUGAGAGAAAGAAACCAUUAA